AUGUUAAUAAAAUUCUUUCAAGCUGAUGGUGGAAAAGAUAUUCAAAGAGAUCUCGAUCUAAGUGGAGAACCACUUAUUCCUGGUGCUUCUGUUGGAUCACCAGAAACAGAACUAAGUGUUUAUGAAAAUUGGCAACUGAAUCAAGCACGUACAGAUUAUGCAAUUAAAUAUCUUGAAAAAUGGAAUCAAACUAAAGAAAAAACUUCAACAGGUCGACCUAUUGAUGGAAUUAUUUCACCUGUUUGUGCAUUACCAGCUUAUUCUCAUGAAUUUCGACUUAGCAUUGGAUAUACUGGUAUUGCUAAUUUACUUCAAUUGAGUUCUGUUAUUCUUCCUGUUACUCGAGUUGAUUUAGAAUUAGAUCAAGUAACUGAUGAGUAUCAUAAUAUGAAAAUAGCAAGUGAAUUAGAUCAAAUAGCUCGGGAAACUUACAAAGGUCCGGAAGUUUUUGAAAAUUGUAUUGUAGGUUUACAAGUUAUUUGUCGAAGAUUAGAAGAAGAAAAAGCAAUUGGUAUGGCUAUGGUUUUAGAGAAAGCACUUAAAUUAUAUCAAUAA